CUGUCAUCUGUGUCUAGUUAGACAAUCGCCUGUGGCACUGCAACAGUUGAAGGUCCUGUAGCUUUUUAUGCCGGGAUUAUGAAUGUUUUAUUGGAAUCUGCUCACUCUUGAGGUGCUGGCUCUGGCUGAAAUUAUAUGCACAAGUCACUUCGAUCAAUCACUUUUUACAUGGAUGCCAAAAUGGUACUCUAUGCAAAAGAGUUGAUCAAUUGUCAGUGUUUCAUUACAUCACUAUAAAAACCAAAAUAGCAGAUUUAUGAUGGUGCUCUGGCUCUGCGUCUCUUCCGAACAGCUCUGCGCACACAGCAUCCUGCAUCCAGCGCUCUGAUUGGGUCCUGGGCGCUUGGGAGGCAGUGGCGCAGAGAGAUUAGCUUUAGGUACCAGCACGGGAGGAGACCAGAGAGUGAUGUGAUCUGAUACGGGUAGCUACGGGAGGACUCGCGCUUAAAAAGCCGGAGUCACUUCUCUGUCCUAUAUCAGUGUCGUCGUUGAUGUGUCGUCGUGGCAUAGAAGCACGAUUGUCAAACGCGUUGACCUCUUGACCCCUCGUCAGUCAUGAUGUCCGUCCACACCCCACCUCUCUCCCGCAGCGGCUCCUCCCCUUCCUCUGUCGGCCUGGCCAAUCGCAGCGGUCCUCCUGCCGCCCCUCCCACCUCCCUCAGCCUGCGCUCCUCCUACAACCAACUAUUGGGUUGUGAUGUUAUAAAGGAGUCCCCUACUGCCAUGGAAACGGGGAGUUCUGCCACUUUACCCAAGAGCCGCCAUAGAUACGCCAUGACCAGCGUGUGUAGCGCCAUGGGCCUGAGCGACACCCUCGCCCCUCCCGCCCAAAACCAGCCCCCCACUGGUGGCAAGCGCCUCCCCACCAAGUCCUCUUCGUCCUCUUCUCUUUACUCCUCCUCCUCUUCCUCAUUCUUCUCCACCAACCCCAAGCUGGCGAAGAAUGGUGCCAACCUGCAGAGGAAGGCCGAGACCCAGCAACAGGAGCAGAGUAAGACCAACACAGAGUUCAAAGGGCAGGAUGAUAUCAUCACCCCCAUAUACAGCUCUGAUUGGCUGGAGGGGGAGAAAGACAACUCCCAUGCCCCACCCCCAUUCUGUCGGAGGACCAAGAGUUUUCUGGAGUUCCAUGAGAAGGAAGUGGACCCUCCUAGUGUAGAAAAUAAGGAAGAAGAACGUCCCAACAAGGAAGAAGAGGAAGAGGAGGAAGAGGAUGAGAAGCACUCCUGCCCUGAGAAAGAUCAGGUCAGACCGGAUAAAGAGAGAGAGAGACCUGAGGAGGAGAAACAGACCCCAAAACAGGAGGAUUACAUAGAGGAAGAGGGUGCCUCUCCAACUGCUAAUCAGCCUUUGCUACAGGGGACGCAAUCUCCCCCCAUCUCCCCCCAAAACAACCUCAACUGGGCCCAGGAGAACAAGAUUCAGAGUUUUCCCCCUUCCCAGGGCAGAAAGGAGGCCUUAAACCAGACCCAGGAUCAUCCACCCAGGGUUGAGACGCCCCCCAAACCCUCCCGGAGUGCCCAGGCCCCCCUGCCCAGAGUGAUCAAGGUGGAGCUGCACCCCAGCAAUGAGAACCCAUACCUCCACUGCCCCCCCUCUGCACCCCCUAAGCAGCCCAGAGGGGAGGAAAGCACCCCUCUCCUGCUCCAGACCCCCCCUGCAUCCUUCAACCUGGACCCAGAGAAAGGAGCUCCUAAGCUGGGUAGUCUGAGGACAAAGGUGGAGUCUCCCCUGGAGGAUGAGGACUCUAGCUGGACCACCCUGUCCCAGGAGAGCCCCUCCCCUCAGACUCCACAGGAGAUAGAUGUGUGGGGUGAGGGGGACCUUCCCCCAGGCUGGCGUGAGGUCACAGACCAAUCAGAGGUCUAUUUCUGGCAUGUCCCCACUGGCACCACCCAGUACGACCGCCCUGUCGCCACGACACACCUUGACCCACACCCUGGCUCACAGCAGGGUGACACAGUCACACUGAGACCGCCCAGCGAGCGACCUAGCAGUUUGGUAUCAGACAGUUCAUUGGAGCCUGUGCCCUCUCCCUCCGGCUCCUCUCCCUCCUCCUCCUCCUCUCCCUCUGAUCUCCCUCUGCCUGACAGAGGCUUUGACAACACCAGCUACACUUGCAGUGAGCUGAAGGACUACCCCGUGUAUCCUGACCCCAGCCUGAAAGCUUUUGAAGGAGCUACUCUUCGUUACGCCUCACUGAGACUGCACCCUGCCCAGUUAGAGACAGUGGACCUCAACAGUGCCUACAUCGACCCAGAGGGACAGUCAUUCCCGGUGCGUUCUCUGGGCUGGGUGGAGAUGGCAGAGAGAGAUCUGACAGAGGGAAGGAGCAGUGUGGCAGUCCAUCACUGUAUCAGACAACUGUCCUACUGUAGGAGGGACAUACAAGACUCCGCUGGGGUCUGGGGAGAGGGUAAGGACAUGCUGCUGGUGCUGCAGGACCGUGAUCUGACCCUGGUUGACCCUGACGACCACAGCCUGCUCCACUCUCAGCCAAUCAGCAGUAUACGUGUGUGGGGCGUUGGCCGAGAUCACGACAGGGACUUUGCCUAUGUGGCGAGAGACAAAACCACGCGGGUGUUGAAAUGUCAUGUGUUUCGAUGUGAUACCCCUGCAGAAGCCAUAGCAACGAGUCUCCACGAAAUCUGUUCCAAGAUUAUGGCUGAGAGGAAGAGUGCCAAAGCUGCUGCCGGCAGCUCAUCCCAAACAGGCUCCGAUGUUCCUCUCCAGGAGUUUCCCAUGCCAAAGACUGAGCUGGUGCAGAAGUUCCAUGUGCACUACCUGGGGAUGACGUCCGUGUCUCGUCCCAUAGGUAAGAGAAGUAUGGACAUCAUCAAUGGGGCUAUAGAGAGCCUGGUGUCCUCCACAGGGAAAGAGGACUGGACCCCUGUUACUCUGAGUGUAGCAGACGCCACUGUGGCUGUUAUCAAGGAGAAGGCACAAGAGGAGGAGAUACUGGUGGAGUGCCGUGUGCGUUUCCUGUCCUUCAUGGGCGUGGGCCAGGACAUCCACACUUUCGCCUUCGUAAUGGACUCUGGGAACCAGCACUUCCAGUGCCACGUGUUCUGGUGUGACCCCAACGCUGGCAGCGUGUCUGAGGCUGUCCAGGCAGCCUGUGUGCUGCGGUACCAGAAGUGUCUGGUGGCCCGCCCGCCCUCCCAGAGAGCUAGCUCCUCCUCCCCGCCACCCGACUCGGUGACACGCCGGGUGACUACCAGCGUCAAGCGCGGAGUCCAGUCUCUCAUAGACACUCUGAAAACAAAGAAACCAUCCUCAGAACUGCCCCAGCAAUGACGGACAGCUCGCUGACCACACCCCCAACCCCAGCCUCUUGCUCUGUCACUCACACUAUCACCACAACUACGACCUACAAACACACCUAUCCAAUACCAGCCAUGGUAACCAACAAUGUACAUACAUGUUAACUUAUUACCACUGGGCAGACCAAAGGACGAAUGGGGCUGGAUAGUAACAUCUGCUCAAAAUAAUAAAAAGUGAAAUUAUCUGCAGAAGAAGAAGAGGAGGAGGAAGUCCAAGCUUCAGCAUGAUGAGGUGCUGGUGAUUUGUGUCUCCAUUGGAACUUUCCAUUUACCUUUGAACUCUGCCGUGUCAUACCAAAACUGUCCCACUUUAGCCAGUCCACUCCUGUCUUCACCUGGCAUCACCCCAGUCUUGUGGAGUAUUAUAACUACUGAGCUCUAAUGGAGUAUUAGACUACUACUGAAUAACACUAGACAUACCUGAGAAAAAGAACCAAUCCCCAUUGAGUGCUGGCUUAGAUGCAUCAGGAGGUCCAUUGACCUCCUUUAUCUUCCCUGUUUUCUACUUGUUGGACAACCCUGUUCCCAUCACAGUGCCUAACAGUAGCAUUCCAGAAUGGGACACUCACACAUGUCUCUUUAAGACGUCUGUCUCAUUGACGUGGAAACGAGACAUGCUUAUGGGGAAAGCCAACCAUCACGGACAAGGCCACUGACCAAUCAGCACCAUCCAGCUGCUCUACCCGACCUAGUAACCUUUGGCCCCCAGACUGCAACAGAGACGUGUCAUGUGAUGGACUAUACAGGCAUGAUGUAAUAACAAAGACUAGAAGUAAACAGAACAUGGGAACCAAUGUAUUCCAUUCCCUGGCUCGGAGUUUCAUCUGGCUCACAAAACAGACUGAACCGAUGUCUCAUUUGAGGAGGGGUGCGCGAUUGUACUAUAAUUACCCCUCUGAUUGUAAAGUAAUGAUUGUAUCCCCGGUUGGAGAGGAGAUGUUAGAGAUGAGGAGGAAUGGGGUGGUGAUGGUGCUGCAUGUGUCUGUAAUCUGAAUGUGAGGAGAUGGAUAGAUCGUUAUGGGGGAGAGAGGUUACUGAGGAGGGUGUCAAUAUGGACAUAGAUGCUCUGCACAAAAGCCCAACCCCACCAGACUAUCUAUCUAUAAAUAUUUAUAUACACACACACACACACACACACACACACACACACACACACACACACACACACACACACACACACACACACACACACACACACACACACACACACACACACACACACACACACACACACACACACACACACAC